AUGAUGGCAGAGGAUCUCGGCAUCGAAGCGAAAGAAACCUCCGUGCGUGAGGUGGCGAAGCUGUUACCGCUUCCAGAACUCUUGCAAUCCAUUGCAUCUAUUAAAGCCGAUUACAUCACUCGCCAACAAGCUAACGACGCGCAACUUAGUACAAUGGUAGCAGAGCAGGUGGAACAAGCAGAAUCUGGAUUGGAAUCGCUGUCCUUGUCGCAGAAGACGAUAAAUCAGCUACGAGAGAACUUCAUUUCUAUUGAAAAGUUAUGUCAAGAAUGCCAAACUUUGAUUGAGAAUCAUGAUCAGAUAAAGCUACUUAGCAAUGCAAGGAACAAUCUUAACACUACUUUGAAGGAUGUUGAGGGUAUGAUGUCGAUAUCUGUUGAAGCAGCAGAGGCACGGGAUUCAUUGAGUGAUGAUAGAGAAAUUGUUAAUACUUAUGAGAGGUUAACUGCACUUGAUGGGAAGCGAAGGUUUGCAUUAGCAGCUGCAGGAUCUCACAAAGAGGAGGUUGGCAGAUUAAGAGAAUAUUUUGAAGAUGUAGAUCGCACAUGGGAAACCUUUGAAAAGACUUUAUGGGGACACAUUUCCAACUUCUUUAAACUUUCUAAAGAGAGCCCGCAAACACUUGUUCGUUCGUUAAGGUAUGUUUCUGACAAGCCUUUCAGGCUUCUCUCUUUUGCUAUUGUAUCCCCUUUUCGCUUCUCUAGGGUUGUGGAAAUGCAAGAAAUUCUUGAUGAACAAGUUGCUGAGGAGGCAGCUGAGGCUGAGGGAGGUGGUGCAAUGGCAACUGUUGCAAAUCCUCGCAGAUCUGCCAAGAAAUCCACUACCACAGCAGUUUCUUCCAGAAACCUCACGCAACAGAAGUUGAAGAGUCAGGGAAAAGGUUUUAAGGAUAAAUGUUAUGAGCAUAUAAGAAAGUCAGUUGAAGGACGGUUCAACAAGCUUCUAACAGAGCUUGUAUUUGAAGACCUCAAAGCUGCCUUAGAAGAAGCUCGAACAAUUGGUGAAGAGCUUGGUGAUAUUUAUGACUAUGUGGCCCCAUGUUUUCCCCCAAGAUAUGAAAUAUUCCAUCUCAUGGUAAACCUAUAUACCGAGAGGUUUAUUCAAAUGCUCAGAUUGUUGAGUGACAGGGCAAAUGAGUUAUCAAAUAUAGAGAUUUUAAAGGUAACCGGUUGGGUAGUUGAAUAUCAAGAUAAUCUGGUAGGACUUGGCGUUGAUGAGUCUCUUGCUCAAGUCUGUUCCGAGAGUGGAGCCAUGGAUCCCCUUAUGAAUUCAUAUGUCGAGAGAAUGCAAGCUACAACAAGGAAAUGGUACUUAAAUAUCCUAGAAGCUGAUAAGGUACAGCCACCAAAGAAAACAGACGAUGGAAAGCUGUAUACACCAGCUGCUGUUGAUCUGUUUAGGAUCCUUGGGGAGCAAGUUCAGAUUGUUAGGGAUAAUAGCACAGAUGUCAUGCUAUACAGGAUUUCUUUGGCUAUAAUUCAGGCAAGUGUGAUGAUAGAUUUUCAAGCUGCUGAAAGGAAGAGGCUUGAGGAACCUGCUUCAGAAAUUGGUCUGGAACCUAUAUGUGCAAUGAUAAAUAACAACCUGCGCUGCUAUGACCUUGCAAUGGAGUUGAGUAACAGCACCAUGGAAGCACUACCACAAAACUAUGCUGAGCAGGUUAAUUUUGAAGAUACUUGCAAAGGUUUUCUAGAGGUUGCUAAGGAAGCCGUGCAUCUAACUGUUAGGGUUAUCUUUGAAGAUCCUGGAGUGCAGGAGUUAAUUGUCAAGCUUUAUCAUAAAGAUAUUAACUCUUCCAAUUUUCUUAAUGCAUUUGAUCCUUCUGAUAUUGCCUCUAAGCAUUUACCUCGCAUUUCAGAGUGGUCUGAAGGACAGGUCACCGAGUACCUAGUUGCAACAUUUGGAGAUUAUUUUACAGACGUAAAGUUGCUGGGACUAGAGGUUGGGUUUCAGCCUGCUAAUGUAAGGGAAAGUGUUUGGAAUAUCACAAGGUAUAUUGAAGAAAGAUCAUUUAGGAGAUUUGUUGAAGCUUGUCUUGAGGAGACAGUGGUGGUUUACGUUGAUCACCUUCUGACUCAGAGAAACUACAUCAAAGAAGAGACAAUAGAACGGAUGAGGCUAGAUGAAGAGGUUAUUAUGGACUUCUUCAGGGAGUAUAUCAGUGUGUCUAAAGUAGAAAGUAGAGUCAGGAUACUGGGUGAUUUAAGAGAACUUGCUUCAGCAGAGAGUUUGGAUACCUUCACACUCAUCUAUACAAAUAUUCUUGAACAUCAACCCGACUGCCCGCCUGAAGUAGUUGAAAAGCUUGUUGCACUGCGAGAAGGCAUACCACGGAAGGAUGCGAAAGAGGUUGUACAAGAAUGCAAAGAGAUUUAUGAGAAUUCACUUGAUGGAAACCCCGCAAGGGCCGGUUUUCUCUUUCCAAGGGUGAAGUGCUUGGCAUCUUCCAAAGGAUCUCUCUGGCGAAAGCUCACUUAA